AUGUCUUCCAAAUUAGUGCCUUCCGACCCGGCUAAGGUCAUGGUUAUUCGCGAUGUCGUUCCCAGACAGAUUACCACACUUUCUGUGCCGUUUUGGCGCUUUGGCAGGGUGAAGAUUGGAGGACGAGGCACAAUUGUGCGCCUUCAAUCCGGUGCCCUUGCCGUCUUCUCGCCCGUCGCAUUGACCGACGACGUAAAGUCCAAGGUAUCCGAGUUAGGAGAAGUCAAGUACAUCACCGCGCUCGAUGCUGAACACCACAUCUUCCUCGGCCCCUGGCACGAAGCCUACCCAACCGCCCAAGUAAUGGGCCCCGAAACACUCCCCGAAAAGCGCGAAAAACAAGGCAACGAGAAAGUCCCCUUCGCCCAUGUUUUCAAAAAGUCCGCCCCCGUAACCUCGAUAUCGCCCGAAUUCGACGCAGAGUUCGACUGGGAAUAUGUGCCCUCGCACAUAAACAAGGAAAUCGUCUUCCACCACCGCCCCUCCAAGACACUCAUACAAGCAGACAUGAUGUUCAAUUUGCCCGCGACCGAGCAGUUUAGCAAAACAGGCGUGGAUCCGAAUAGCGGUAUCUUGACAAAGAUCUUUGGCGCGCUGCAGAGUACGGCGGGCACGGCGGUGUGGCAGAAACGCACGAUUUGGUAUGGGACGAGCAGUGGGGAUAGGAGUGCGUUCAAUCAGAGUGUCGCGAGGAUUAACAAGUGGGGGUUUGAGCGAAUUGUGCCGUGUCACGGGGAUGUUAUCGAGAGAGAGGGGAAGAGUGUGUGGGAGAAGGUUUUUGCGUGGCAUUUGGAGGCGGCGAAGAAGGGAGAGUAG